AUGCCCAAGCGCAAAGCAACUACCGCCAAGGACAUUGCGAAGAAGAACAAGGUGGAGACUACGAAGUCGGACACCGAAAAGGCGGAGACCGAGAAGUACUACGAGGCGCGCGGUAUCCUUCAAGAGAUUACCACACAGUACCUUAUCGACUGGGCGCCAGAUAGCGAUACCGGAGAAGAGUACGAUCCUUCAUGGGAACCAAAGGAGAACGCCAACCAAUUACUCGUCGCCGAUUGGAACAAGUUCAAAGAGCAGGAAUCACAAAAGAAAUCCGCUCGGAAAAAGUCACCGCGAGGAGAGGCGGUCAGUCGGGAAACGAGUGCCACGUGA